GUGAAACGAGCGUUCGCCAAGCGAGAAGUUAUACUAUCAGCGGGCGCAGGUGAUUCUCCCAAGCUGCUGAUGCUGUCGGGGAUUGGGCCUAAAAAACACCUAGAAAAACUGAGGAUUGAAAGUCGAGUCGACCUGCCGGGAGUUGGACAAAAUUACCAAGACCACUUAUAUGUCCGCGGAAUAAGUUGGACCAUUCAUCCCAACAUUUCGUCUUCCAUUUUCGAACGGGUCGGGACGAGUGCCAUUCUGAACUAUUUCGAAAGGAGAUCAGGUCCGUUGACAACUGCAGUUGGAAUUUGUGCUCUGUACCAAUUAAAUGUAGGCAGUCCUGAGGAACCCCAUAUUCCGGACAUUCUGAUAACCCAAGAAAAUGGACUGCUGGGUCAAGACUAUGGUCUCCCCUUUCUUUCAUAUUACAAGCAAUCGAUACAUGAUUACUAUCGACCGAUCAGCGGGAGAGAUGGUUUCUCUAUGAGCCCGUUGCUGUCCAGACCCAAGAGCGUCGGGACGGUAACCCUCAUGUCAAAGAACCCUUUCGACCCGCCCGUCCUGGACCACAAUUCACUAAGUCACCCCGACGACGUCGAGCUCAUGGUCAAAGCUGCCAAGGUUUCUCGAAGGCUAGGAAAUGCCAAGAUCUUCCGGCAAGCUCUUGGCGCUGAACCCAUUACAAAGCCGAUUCCUGACUGCGCGCAUUUCGCGUUCGAAUCGGACGACUACUGGCGCUGCUUCGUGCGUGGCUGGAGCCGCAUUGGGAUGCACAUGUGCGGCACCUGCAAGAUGGCUCCAGACUCCGACCCCAUGGGGGUGGUGACGCCCAGACUGAAGGUUCGAGGUGUCAAGAAUUUACGAGUCAUAGACGCUUCUAUAAUGCCCUCCAUUACAUCAGGGCACAUAAACGCCGUCACAUUCAUGAUUGGGGAGAAGGGAGCUGAUCUCAUCAAAGAAGAUUACGGCAAAAUCUGAUCGCCAUUUAAGCUAAACAGUUUAUUUAUCAUUAGUUUUUUUACGUUAAUCAAAAUAAUCCAGUGUCUGCCUUCGGAUUUUAAUGCUUUCUAUGUUUGAAGGAAAAAGAGUGGUAAGUCCAAGUGUUACAAGCGGCCUACUCGUGACUUCUUCUCCUUAACCCGUCAUCAAUCAAUCAAUAAUGAAAAAGACUACAGAAUAAACCUGUAAAAUAAUUCUCAGCAAAUUCACGUUUAUCUCGCCGCGUUUGUCUUAACUACUCGAUUGAGGUCGGUUUUUAUUUUGAGAGGCAUUCUUUUACUAAUUCAAAUACACAUGAUUCGUCCGUAUCAUUAGUAAAUCAUCUCUGCUCAUGUUAGUUUACGUCUCAUGUAUCUCGGUACUUAUCAAGCUAUAAUUUUAUCAUAGAUGCUCGACACACGGCGUCUUCUAUGCAAUGAUAAACUUCGGCAUUUAGUUCUUGUUUAUCAUGAGCCACUACGCAGGCAGUCGUAAAAGCAGUAGGAAUUGCAAAAAACAAAUUCGAGUUACCAUUAAAUGUUUGCUUCAUAAUUUAACCAUUAUAAUAAUGAUACCGAUUUAACGCAAAAAUUUUGUAGCUCAUUUUUUGUAGACUUGGUUACUGCGAGCAAAAUUCACGCAGCCAUUUCAGAAGUCGCUACUCUCAUAAAUAACAAAAAACAACAUAAAAUUUGUUCAAUUUGAUAUGAAGUUAUCUAACACUCGUGUGGCAAGUCUUGACUGCGCAACGUGGAGAAUAAAGACAGCGAGUUGAGACUAGUGUUUCAGAAUCUUUCAGCGGUGAGAGCUCAACUACCAAGAAUUGCGUACGACAUAUUUGUUUCUAGGUAGAGUGUGGGAACAAGUUAUAGAAUGCACGAAUAAGUAGAGAGGGAAUGAGUAGAGUGGGAAUAAGUUAAGUGUAUCAAUGACCAGUGGGAAUAAGCAGAGUGUGGGAAUAGGUAGAGUGUGGCGAUAAGUAGAGUGUGGGAAUAAGAAAAGCAAGAGAAUAAGUAAAGUGAGAAUAAGAGUGAGGGAAUAAAAAGUGUAGGAAAAAGUAUAGUGUGGGAAUAAGUAGAGUUUAGGAAUAGUAAGAGUGGGAAUAGGUAGAGCCUGAGAAUAAGUAGCGUGGGAAUAAGCAGAGUGCGGGAAAGGGCUAUAAGAGCAAUCACUAUACCAUAAUAAGCGUAUGUAUAAUUUGGGAUUGCAUGGCGUGUGACGCGUCACUGCCGGCCUAAAUUACGGGAAGGUAUCAGAAUGUAUCUGAUAUUUGGGCGUAAUUUCGACAGGGGACACAAUGCCGGAAAUACUUACAGUUGAUCUGUUAUGAAUUUGAUUUGAUGGGACAGUUCAUGUACAUAACAUUCUCUCCUAAUUCCCAUUUGUAAAGCAACGACAAUAAAUUUCAAAUUUAGCUGAGUACAAUGUCAUUAAAAUUAUGAUUGAUCCUGAUGAUCGAGCAUUUAACGAUUAUUUAAAAGCUUUGAAAUACGAGUAAAUUUGGGCACUGCAAUAUUACUACAAGUGAAAUUGAUAGGGCAAAUUUUAAUUUCUAAUCAUAAACCAUAGUUUUAAUGUACAAAUUUGUAUGCCGGUGAAAUAGUGAAUAUAUAUGUUCGAGUAAACUUUUGUGAAUACUGAAUUGUAAAUGAAUUUUUUAACGUGCGAACAUCUGCAAUACUAGCAAAGGUCUCUUUGUUGAAGCAAAUGCGAAGGUAACGUGCAAAAAAUGGAAGGCCACAUAAAAAUCUUUAUGGGCCCACAGUUAUUCAUUUGUCCACGCCAAUCUUUGCACAGGUUAUUUACCAGCAAAAUUCAGUAAAUGAAUUGUGACAAUGGAAUUUUUUCACUUAUAUGUCGCCUUCCUCUCAAACCUUCGAUUUUCCAAAUGCAUGAACCGAAUGAGAAUAUUAAACAUUACCUUUCAUUCGUCUGGACGAAGUUAUCGGAACGAAGCUAUGUUGCAGGGUGACCCAGUGGUUACAGUUCUGAGUACCAGAUUGGAGCAGAGAGGCGCGGGUUCGAUUCCAGCUCGUUGCGACAGUUUCUGGUCAGAAUCGCCAAGGAUCGAGGCCUGGCGGUUAAAAGUAAAAAGAAAAUUUGAAGCAGGGACUUGCGGGUUCAAGCCCGCAACA